CCCGGAAGUUGCCGGAGCGGACACGCGGGGAGAGCCUUAACAGGGCAGGAAGGGGGAACGACUUUUAUUUUUUGUGAGGCUUGAAAGAAACGGGGGAGGGGGACAGCCUCGGCCAAGUGGUACGGGAGCUUCUAGGGGACAAACUUUUUUUGCGUUUGAAGCGCUGGCCAACUUGGUUCCCGUGCCUGGCAAGAUGCCUGGCGUUGCUGCUCGUAAGAACCAGGAACGGCAUCGAGACAACGCCAUGGAUCCGCCGCCGGCUGAUGAUUAUGCGAAGGAAAGAUAUGGCGUAUUGCCGAUGAUACAGUCUCAGGAGAAACCAGAUCGAGUUUUAGUUCGAAUAAAGGACUUGACGGGAGAGAAGGCUGAUGAAAUUGUCUGGGUUCGUGGCAGGAUACACACCAGCAGAGCAAAAGGGAAGCAGUGUUUCUUAGUCCUACGUCAGCAGCAGUUCAAUGUCCAAGCUCUGGUGGCUGUGGGAGACCAUGCAAGUAAGCAGAUGGUCAAGUUUGCUGCCAAUAUUAACAAAGAGAGCAUUGUGGACAUCGAAGGUGUUGUGAGGAAAGUGCCACAAAAAAUUGGAGGCUGCACUCAGCAGGAUGUCGAGCUGCACGUUCAAAGGAUCUACGUGAUCAGCUUGGCAGAACCGCGACUGCCCUUGCAGCUGGACGAUGCUAUUCGCCCAGAGGUAGAAGGAGAUGAGGAAGGAAGAGCUACUGUAAACCAGGAUACGAGACUGGACAACAGAGUGAUUGACUUGAGGACCUCCACAAGCCAAGCUGUCUUUCACCUCCAGUCUGGCAUUUGUCAGCUUUUCCGAGAGACACUUAUUUGCAAGGGGUUUGUGGAAAUUCAGACUCCAAAGAUUAUUUCAGCUGCCAGCGAAGGUGGUGCCAAUGUAUUUACUGUCUCCUACUUCAAAAGCAAUGCCUACCUGGCUCAGUCCCCACAGCUUUACAAACAAAUGUGUAUUUGCGCUGACUUCGACAAGGUUUUCUGCAUUGGGCCAGUAUUUAGAGCAGAAGACUCAAAUACUCAUAGACAUCUGACAGAGUUUGUCGGUCUGGAUAUUGAAAUGGCAUUUAAUUACCAUUAUCAUGAAGUGGUAGAUGAAAUUGCAGACACUAUGGUGCAGAUAUUCAAAGGACUCCGAGAAAGGUUCCAAACUGAAAUUCAGACAGUGAACAAACAGUUUCCAUGUGAGCCAUUUAAGUUCUUGGAGCCAACUCUGAGGCUGGAGUACCGGGAAGCUCUGGCCAUGCUUCGGGAAGCUGGAGUAGAGAUGGGUGAGGAAGAUGACCUCAGCACUCCAAGUGAAAAGCUCUUGGGCCGUCUGGUGAAGGAAAAGUACGACACAGACUUCUAUAUUCUGGACAAAUAUCCCUUGGCUGUAAGACCUUUCUAUACAAUGCCAGACCCAUCAAAUCCGAAAAUCUCCAAUUCUUACGACAUGUUCAUGAGAGGAGAAGAGAUCCUGUCUGGAGCUCAGCGAGUUCAUGAUCCACAGCUGCUGACUGAGAGGGCCCUGCAUCAUGGCAUUGAUUUAGAGAAAAUUAAGGCUUACAUCGAUUCCUUUCGUUUUGGUGCACCUCCACAUGCAGGUGGCGGCAUAGGACUGGAAAGAGUCACCAUGCUGUACCUCGGGUUGCACAAUGUCCGGCAAACUUCCAUGUUUCCACGUGAUCCCAAACGUCUAACGCCUUAAGGAGUCUUGAGUUUGCAAACUCGGUCGCUGCUCUCAAUGACCUUAUGCCCAGCCUAAUGAAAGAUUUCUGAUUAACUAAAGUGCCACAAUAACAAAUGUUCCACUCAUUUAUUGUUAACAUCUUAAAUCAAGAAUUUUAACAGAUCUGGAGUCUGUUGUAGAUAAUGUCAACUUUUUAAUGAGAACAUAACUUGAUGAAGUUGAGACUAAUAUUACCAUGUUGUACUUUAACAAGUUUCUAAACGUUUGGAUUUUAAUAAUAUUCCUAGUUGUGUAAUAAAGAGGAGUGUUUUUUUUUAACAUUACAACAAACCUAUAAAUUUCAUAGUAUAGAAUUUGAUCCUGACAGUCAUGCAAGAGACUGGGAACAUAGCAAGUUGCACAAGGAUUAUUUUGAGAAGCAUCUGAGAAGCGAUGGACUAAGUUUGAACUUACUAAAUUGUAAACACAGGUUGCAAUAAAGCUCCUGCCUGUACUGUG